AUGGAUCCCAACGCUCCCCAGCAAAAUGGCUCCGCACAAGGCCCGAACGGGCGUCGUCUACACAUUGCCCACCGUCGCAGCCCGUCAGAGAUGACGCCGUUGAUGAUGGAGCAACUUGCACUCGCCCAACAGAUUGAAAUGCUCCAGCAGCAACAGCAGCAGAUUGCUGCCACCCACCAACAAUACGUCAACAUGGGCAUGAUCCCCCAGCAACAGCAACUCCCCACCCAGUACCAACAACUGCAAGGUCAAAUGCAGAACCUCAACAUCUCUCCCAAUCCCAAUCAAUAUCACUUUCCCCAGCAGAUGCCCCAACAGCCCAUGGGCAUUCCCAUGACGGGUGGUAUGGGCGGCAUGGGUCAAGCACAUCGCCGCAACCAAUCCGCCCUACCCAACAUGAGCAUGGGUCCCCCACCAGCCCCUUCCGCCGGCACCUCGGGCUUCAAUGACUUCACUGCGCAGGGUCAGAACAGAAAUGAGAACAAUGCCCCACGCGGCGGCGCUGGUGGCCGUGGUGGUGGUGCAGCAGGAGGUGGACAUGCUCGCAGACACUCCCUUGCAUUGCCCGAAGCCAAGAAGGCCGCAGAGCUUGCAGAGGCGAAGAGAAAGACUAGUGGCUUUCAGUUCCCCAUUCCGAGCGCUGGCGGGGCUUCUUCGUCCACCACCAAUGCUUCCACCAGCCCAGGUCAGACCCAGGCCGACACCGCUCAAACCACCGGCACUGGAGCCCGUGGUGGACUGUCGGGUCGGGGCCAUGGACGGAGCCAAAGCAUGGCAGUUGGAAACGGCCGCGGCAUGGGCACCAGCACUCGUGGUGGGCCUGCUGGUUUCCAAUUUCCCCCACCUCAAGCCACGGCCGACGGAGGAGCUAACACCUCCGACCUCAACCGUCGCGGCAGUUCUGGUCAUGGACGUACGCAGUCUCGUAACUUCGAGGGCAACUGGCGUCAACCACAGAACAACAAUCAGACCAACGACCCCCAAGCUCAGAACAUGGGCAGCUUCCAGCUUAAUCAAGCUGCCGCGGCCCCGUCUUUCCAGUCUGGUCACCGCAACCGUGGUUCCAUGAGCUCGCAGUCAAUCAGCUCCAUCCAGGGCUUUCCACAGUUCCAGCAGCCGCAGUUGAUGCAGCUCCCCCAAGGGCAGAUCCUCAUGCAGCAGCCCAACAUCUACGGUGGGCAGCAACUCAAUGCACUGCAACUGGCGCAGCUCCAGGCCUAUCAAUCUGCGGGCUUGCAGCCUCCAAGCCUUGCCCAGCUCACAGGCCAACACAACGCACCCAUGGGCAUGCAGCAGCAACAGCAGCAGCGCAAGACCCUUUUCACUCCAUACCUUCCCCAGGCCACCCUUCCCGCCUUGCUCGCUGAUGGCCAGCUUGUCGCUGGUGUGCUCCGCGUCAACAAGAAGAACCGCAGCGACGCCUACGUUACUACCACCGAUCUCGAUGCCGACAUCUUCAUUUGCGGCAGCAAGGAUCGCAAUCGUGCUCUCGAGGGAGACCUUGUCGCGGUCGAGCUGCUAGACGUUGAUGAGGUAUGGGGCCAGAAGCGUGAGAAGGAGGAGAAGAAGAAGCGCAAGGACAUCGGGGACGCACGCGGAGGCAGUGUCACUGCUGUCAACGACGCCACCACCGCACCCGAAAGUGCAUCCGCUGCUCAAGAAGGCGGCCUCCGCCGACGUGGCAGCUUGAAGCAGCGACCCACACAAAAGAAGAACGAUGACGUCGAAGUCGAAGGGCAGAGCUUGCUGCUCAUGGAGGAGGAUGAGAUCAACGACGAGCAGAAGCCUCUCUACGCCGGUCACAUUGUUGCGGUCAUCGAACGCGUUGCUGGCCAGAUGUUCUCCGGUACCCUCGGCCUGCUUCGCCCAAGCAGCCAAGCGACCAAGGAGAAGCAAGAAGCCGAACGUCAAGCUCGCGAGGGCAGCGGUAAUGCCGGCCGCCAACAGGACCGCCAGCAAGAACGCCCCAAGAUUGUGUGGUUCAAGCCGACGGACAAGCGAGUCCCACUCAUCGCCAUUCCCACGGAACAGGCACCAAAGGACUUUGUCGAGCGUCAUCAGGAUUAUGCGAACAAGAUCUUUGUCGCGUGUAUCAAGCGUUGGCCCAUCACUUCGCUGCAUCCCUUUGGCACGCUGGUGGAGCAGCUGGGCGAUGCCGGCGACCUUAAGGUGGAAACCGAUGCACUGCUCCGCGACAACAACUUCGGCCCCGACGACUUCUCCGACGCUGUGAUCAAGAAUGUCGGGUACGAGGAAUGGUCCGUUGCGAAUGAUGGAGAGGCUGCUCUUCAAGUUCGCCGAGACUUCCGCGACGAAAAGACAUUUACCAUCGACCCCAACGGCUCCAAGGAACUCGACGAUGCCCUCCACUUCCGCGAUCUCGGGGAUGGCCAAGUUGAGAUUGGCGUGCACGUCGCUGAUGUGGCGCACUUUGUCAAGGCGAACAGCCUCGUGGACCGCGAGGCGAAGAAGCGAGGCACUGCGGUGUAUCUGAUGAAUAGGACCGUCAACAUGCUGCCGCCCAGGCUGUCGCAAGAUGUCUGCUGCCUCAACCCGGGUGAGGAGCGCUACACCAUCUCUGUUAUCUUCAAGGUCAAUGCCGCUUCUGGUCGCGUCAUUGACGACGAGACCUGGAUCGGCAAGGGCAUCAUCAAGAGCUCCGGGAAGUUGACGUACGAUGAGGUCGAUGCUGUUAUCAACGGCACUUCUUCCGCAUCGGCCGAAGUGGGCGAGGAGCGUGCGGAGCAGAUCCUCACCCUCUACUCCAUCACCAACAAGUUCCGCCAGGCGAGAUAUGGUGGCGAUACGGUCGCCGACAUCCCACCAUUGCGUCUCAUGUAUCAGCUCGAUGAUGAGAAUGUCCCUGUGGAGCACAACAUUUUCGACUCCAGCCCGGCGCACGAGAUGAUCGAGGAGCUGUCCAACAAGACCAAUGUCGUCGUGGCGGAGAAGAUCUUCGAAGCCAUGCCCGACCGAGCUUUCUUGAGGAAGCAGGCAAGUCCAAACCCUCGCCGCCUGGCCACCUUUGCCGAAAGGAUGAACAACAUUGGCUACGAGAUGGACAUUUCCUCCUCCGCGGCCCUGCAGAACAGCCUCUUCCGCAUUGAAGACGACGAUAUCCGCAAGGGCAUGGAGACUCUGGUCAUCAAAUCCAUGGGGCGUGCGAAGUACGUCAUCCCGGCGAAGGCGACCGACAACUUUUUCAGCCAUUACGCUUUGAAUCUGCCGCUGUACACGCACUUCACCAACCCCAGCCGUCGGUACGCCGACAUUGUCGUCCACCGCCAGCUGGAAGCCGUGUUGUCUGGCAACAUUGCAGAGUUCAACGAGGACAUUGAAUCGCUCGCAAAGACGGCCGAAAGCAGCAACACGAAGAAGGACUCGGCCCACGCUGCGCAAGAGCAAAGCGUGCACAUCGAGUCCUGCCGCCGCAUGUCUCGCCUGUCGGAACAGCAAGGCGGUGACCUCAUCUCCAUUGGUAUUGUGGUCUGCGUGUACGAAUCGGCUUUCGACGUGCUCAUCCCGGAAUAUGGUUUCGAGAAGCGCGUCCAUUGCGAUCAGCUGCCGCUCAAGAAGGCCGAAUUCGACAAGAACAAGAGGCUGCUCGAGCUGUACUGGGAGAAGGGUGUGCCGUCUUCCAUGUUCGUGCCGGAGGAUGAGCGUGCCGCUGCGCAAAAGGGAAGACGCGGUGCGGCUAACAGCGGCUUCUCACGUGCCAACCAAGGUUCUGAGAGCAAGUCGAUGAACACUGGCUCGAUCGACACCAACGACGUUGAUGCCCUCUUCGACGAUGACGAUGACAACGCUUCGGAAACGGGCGUUGCACUCAACGGCGACCGCGGAACGCAAUCCGGCCCAUCGUCGCCCGCCCGCAACGGCACUGGACCGCAGCGCAGCAAAUCGGACUCGAAGCUGUUGAACGCUGGUGCGCCGGAGAGCAAGAUCAGCAACAAGGACAAAUAUCUCGGCUUGUUUGCCUUGCGCGAGCAGGGCGGCAACUACAUCCAAGAUGUCAAGGAGAUGACGCGCGUGCCGGUGUUGUUGAAGACGGAUUUGACGAAGAGUCCGCCGUGCUUGACUAUCCGCUCUCUGAACCCGUACGCUCUAUAA